CUAGUUUGUAAACAAUACCUUGGUAAAGAGUUCACUUUGAUAUAAGUUUGCUGUUUUAUUACUAAAUUGUUAUUAAACUGAAUCAGAUUGUUAAGGCUUUGAAGUGGCAGGUAAUAAGCACAAAAUGAACAUCGAUUUCGAGACUAUGGCUGUUCUGGAAGAGGAAUCUCAAAACGAAACCCUCGGCGGCGGGGUGUACGGUUCGACGGGGGCAUCAGGGGCGGAAGGCGGGGAGCGACGCGAAGGGGGCAAGCGCGGCCGAAGACCUGGCAGAAAAGCACAACUCGACAAACAGGACAUGAAGGCUAAACUGGAGCGCAGCAGACAAUCAGCGCGCGAGUGCCGCGCCCGCAAGAAGCUGCGGUACCAGUAUCUGGAGGAGCUGGUGGCGGACAGGGAGAGAGCUGUCAUCUCGCUCAGGAAGGAACUCGAUAAGUACUACAAAUGGAACCUCGAGCUAGAUCAGGGGCGUAUGCCGGAGGGGCUCGAGGCAGUUAUCCAAGAGCUGGGCGUGGUGAAGCAGGAGGAUGUCAAACAGUUCUAGAUGCGGCGGCAGGUAAAGGGUUAAGCGGUGAUAAACAUCUAAAUAUUAGCAGGGUUAUAAAGAAUUUCUUGGAUUGGUACGAGGAAGAUUGAAGAUGGAUUUCAUUUUUUUUUGUUACCUUUUAAGUUUAUCUUUAAUCUGUUUUGGUAGUUUAAAUUCUUUAGUUUGAAGUUCGAUUUUUAAAAAUUUAUUAGAAAUUCAAAUUUUUACCGUUUUUUUUUGUUUUAUUUUUUUUUCAAUUGCAAUAUUUUUUUUGUUAUAAUUACUAAGUAGCUGUUAUGUUAGCCGUAGUUAAGUGUAUUUUUUUUAUCUAUCUGUCGAAAUUGUGAUUUUGCCGCCAAUGAAUCCAAUUUUUUUAAAAUGGUUAAUUCAAUUCACAUUUAGUAAUUUCGUUUAAAAUUUAUAAUUCCUAAUUCAUCCCAAAGUUUUUUUUUGUUUUUAACCUUAGAGGUGACUUCAAUUUUUUUGUUAUCGUAGACCUAAGAUAAGUGUUUUAUGCAUCUAAAUGUUAAAAAUAAGAACUUUAGGAUACUUUUUUUUUUAAAUAUUAGAUCGCAUCUACAGAUUUAAAUAGAAUUUCUUUUAUGCUAUAAUAUAUAGUCAUCUAAGAUGGCUUACUCGUCAAGGGAGUGAUAAAACAUAGUUUCUUAGACACCGCUUAUUUACCCUGAGUUUCCAUUGACGAAAAACAUAUACAAAAACAUAUUAUCCCUCUUUUCUAAUAAAAAAAAAUAACAGAGAUAAUAUGUUUUUUUUUUUCAAGUAUUUCGGUAAUAGAAACUAAUGGUUAUAA